AUGCUAGGCAGGACAAUGGCAGCACCAUUCGCAUUCCACAACCUCGUGACCGUCUCAUUAAAGCUCACGAGUCAAGGACUGUCGGCUGUAAAUUCCUGGCUGGUCGAGCUCGAACCCGGGAAAUCACGUCAAUACCUAGAGCGACUGAACGACCCACUCGAGCUCUGGCUGUCGGCUCAAGGACUGUUCCUGGCUGGUCGAGCUCGAACUCGACAAAUCACGUGA